AUGACAGACUCCAUUUCUCCUCAUCCUAUCUCUGAAGCCGUAGAAACAAUUCGCGUUACUGUGGGCCCCGAGAUUACAGCUACCCAGCUUGCACAAUGCGCCGAAUUGUUCAGCGAAAACUAUGGUAUCUGGGCCACGCACUGUAAGGAUGUAAACCCUAAAUACGUACCCGGUGAUCGGGUGAAGAAUACGGUUUCUAGGUUGAAGGCUCAGUGCUUGAGCGAUCCCGAGCGCAGUAUCUUGGUUACCCUCACGAAGGGUGAUAAAUUGAUCGGCCACGCCUUCGCCACUUCUUGGGACUGCGGUGAAGAUGUGGUUGGAUGGGUGACACAACUUGUGGUCGAGCGCAGCUUCCGCAGGCAAUACAUCGCAACCACGCUCUUACUGCGCCUCAAAAGAGAUGCGUGGUCGGCUAAGCUAACAAUUAUCGGUUUGGCCUCGUCCCAACCCGCUUCAUGUAGCGCUCUCGCCAAAUUUAGUCAUGUUCGGAUGGACGAAGUCGAUACCGAAUUCAUCGCUCGGAAAGCUCGAGCAGUGCUUCAGACUUCGUCGGUCGAAUACAUCAAGACCGCUGUCCUUCGCGGCACUCUGUUCGGUGAUGCACGCACCGAUGGCGUGAUCUCAUCCGUGUCUACCAACUUCCCUGUCGACCAUACUGAGCCCCAGGAGGUGCUGGACGAGUAUGUGCGCAGGGGAGCCUGGAAGUUGGGUAAACUCCUGAAGAACGACGAGUUCCUGAUUUUGAUCCCAGUUUUGCCGUCGGAGCGUUUCUGUGCUGUCUGA